AUUUUAUUUGUGCUUGAUGGGUUGUAAUUUUGUGCAUAUACUAGUGUUUUACACAAUUUCUAACCUACAUUUUCACUUGUUCCUAAAACUACAACUGUCAUGGCAGCUCACUGUCGCAAAACGUCCUUUGGGUGCGACAGGCACUUUACGGCAGCAGGUAGAGCAGCAGACAGCAGAGAGCCGUGGUGUUCACCGGAGGACCUUUUGGCUCCAGACUCCGAGGAUUCGGGAAAAAAUCUCCGAACUUCGAAUCGACUGCCGGUGUUCCGCUCGGUUUCGUUGAUGAGCCCGUGUCCACCGCGUGGAUCUCCGCUCUAACGCAGUGGGAUGGCCACAGUGCCGCCCGGGCCUAGUGAAGCUCUGCUUGCGUCCCCGGCUGACAGUCAUCCCUUCUCCGGGGACAGAAGCGCGCAGCCGGUGGUGGAAGACGGACAGCCGCCCUGCCUCGCGAAUGACUGCGUGUCUGCCGGCACGAGGGACGAGUCUCAUCCGUUGAACGACGUUAAACGCUCGGUAAAGAGGAAGCAGAAAGGUAUGCUAACUCAAACUAGCCCGGCGGUGCUGCACCUCAAGCCUCAGAGCGGAGAGCAGCAGCUGAACGGCGUGGUCAGCCCCUCCGAGGAGCCCGACGUCCGGCCCGAGAGUCUGAGGUCUCCCGCUGACACUGACAGCGGCGAUGGAGCGCCGGCGGAGCGCGAAGGCCCCGUGUCCGAGAACGGCGCUCACCUUAACGGCAUGCCGGACUUCUCGAGGUCCGAGGCGGCCCGCGGAGCCGACAAACACAAGCAGCCCUCCAGACCGCCAGGCCACGAGUCCCCGGACGCUGCCGGGCCCGGCGGAGAGGAGAGCUCCUCGGAUCCGCCCGCCGCCGAGCUAGCCCGGCUUGACCUGAGUGGCUCUCCCGGGCCGGACAGCCACGGCAUCCGCUACGUGCGCUACGAAUCGGAGCUGCAGAUGCCGUGGAUCAUGAGACUGAUCACGAAGGACUUGUCCGAGCCUUACUCCAUUUACACCUACAGGUACUUCAUCCACAACUGGCCGCAGCUCUGCUUUCUGGCCAUGGUGGAGCAGGAGUGUGUGGGAGCCAUCGUUUGUAAACUGGACAUGCAUAAGAAGAUGUUUCGCCGCGGCUACAUCGCCAUGCUGGCUGUGGACUCCAAGCACAGAAGGAAAAGCAUCGGUACUAAUCUGGUGAAAAAGGCCAUAUAUGCCAUGGUGGAGGGAGACUGUGAUGAGGUUGUCCUGGAGACGGAGAUCACCAACAAGUCGGCGCUGAAGCUCUACGAGAACUUGGGUUUUGUCAGAGACAAGCGGCUCUUCAGAUACUAUUUGAACGGAGUGGAUGCGCUGCGGCUCAAACUUUGGCUUCGCUAGAGGACCCAGAGAGGGUGGUGUGGGGUGGGUGGGGUUGGCAGCACAUGCCUCAGGUCUGCCCAGGACCCCUGUAUUCACACACACACACACACGUACACACACACACACAUAGGCCUUCCUCCUCGACCUCCUAACAGCUGCUGCUUGAGCAGAAACGGACAGGAAGCCUCCACAGAAGCGGCUCCCAGCUCCUCCUGGAGACCUUCACCUGAGAUGAGGCGGGGCCAAACCCACCCCGCAGGAAACCGAAAAGAAACCCUCCGUGGAGUUUAUUUUUGUGUUCCUUUUUUUGUGUUUUUUUACAGCAGUUUGUUGGGAGGCGGCGCUGCAGGACAACCGCGCUUGAUUGAACCACCUGGUGUUUUGUUGUUUCUGCCUGGAGGCGGUGUGGCUGCCUUCGUGCCCCCCCUCCCCCUGUGUGGUGUUGUUCCCCUUUCUGUCCAGUGGGGGCAGAGUCUAAACCGGUGGGACGCACGAGUCGGAACACGAGCGGAGUCCCCGCAGAAUCAAAAUUAUUGUUAGCGCCUCAGACUUCCACCCGAACUCCUCAUCAAGCACCGCCUGUCCUGUUUUUCCACAUCCCAACCUCCUCAAAUGCACUGCCAGCAAAAGAAGAAGAAAAAAACCGCAAAGAAAAGCAAAAUGUCAACACAAUCAGUUUGGUUCUGGUUCUGGUCAGUGUUGGGGGUUCUUUUUAGGAGUGUGUUGUCUUUGGUUCUGUCAGAGUUGAUAGACACAUAGUUUUAGCAGGUUUUUCUCUUUGCUUUUCGUUUAGAUUCAUAAAUCCCAAAUGUCAGGCCUCUCGGACCUUUUUGCUUUCUCUUUUCUCGACAGCUAAACGAACAAAGACAUGAGCAGAUCCGAGCGUUAGUUCUGGAAGGCGUUGGGAAACCUGAGUGAUUGUUUCAGAUCCUAGAAGUUAAAGCAAAAGCAGCAAAAGUGUGGUUUAUUGAAAAAAACAAAACCGACAGGAAAUUACUUUUCUGCAUCAGAACCAAGAACAAAAACCUGCAAAGGGAAACUAACACUACAGGCUAUUUGUAUUUUAUUUCUGCUUUUUUUUUUUUUUUUCUUAAAAUAGGUUGGUGCCGACUUUUGUUGAUUUGUUUGUUUGUGUGCUCCCUAAAAUUGAGAAAUACUUUGAGGACAAUUAUUAAACUACCCCCUUCAAAUGUCUUCUAAUGGCCACCAUAGAUCAGAUUUGCUGGUCUAAAAGAGGAGGGUCCGAGGUCCGACUUCUUCGCAGACCCAAUACGUCAAUAAUGCGUCAAAUGUCGUUCCUUCUGGCGGCUAAUCUGGAUUAUUCUAGACAAAACUCGCCAGCAGCUGUCGCAAACUCCUUUUUUUUGGUGUGCCAUAGAUUACCAGCUGUGAGUUCUCUCUUGCUAUUGGUUUAUUUUUUUCCCAUUUCCAUCCAUGACGCAGGAAAGGUGGAAAUCAGUUUAUCAUGUCUGCCCCACCCCCCCUUUUUUUGUUUUGUUUAGCUCUUAUUUAAUGUGGAAAGAAAAAUGCAGAAAUAAAUUAUUUGAAUUUUUUAACACUUUAAGACUUUGGAGGUUUUCUUAUCUGCCGUGGUUUGGAAUCCCACUCAUGCUGUUUACUUCAAGCCACGCCCCCUUUUUAAAGCAGCCAGUAUUGAUGGGAAUCCUAAAGGUGCCUGGUCACAAAUGACCCCCCCCCCCCCUCCCCUCCCACACACACACACACACACAUAUAGACCUUUAUCGCCAAAAGAAUGGCAUCAUUUCCUUGGAGGAAGUUGACAAAUGUCAUGCACUUGGAGGCGGAAACGCUUUGAUACCAGAACUGUGUUGUACGUCCGUAUGAUGCUUGAUACUUUUAUAGGAUGGUGGUAUUUUCUCUUGUGUGGAAAAACAAACGAAAGUGGACUAAAUAAAAGAUUUCCUUUCCAAAAUGAA